AGAGGGAUACUGGAAGGGGGAGACAACCGGUGCAACUUGGGAAGGAUGGGAAGAAAGAAAGUAGGGUGACUUGAGAGAUGACAUCAUUCCUCAUUUGAAUAAAUCCCAGCCGGGGUAGUGAUUGGUCGUGAGAUGGAGAAAGUCGAGUUACUUGGCUAUUCAUCCCUUUCAAUUUCACCCCCGCGCGCAAUGCCGUGGUAAAACCCUCUCCGCCUGUCCAUCCGUCCCGGCCAGUAGAGAGUGUGUGCGUGGACUGCAAAUCGUUUUUCUUUCUUUGGAAGGGACGUGCAUCACUUCUGGAAACGGCAGUCGACAGAAGUGUAUUGGUAAUCUGGCUGCUGUACUUUGGCCUGUUUCUCAUCUUGUUCGGUUUCAUUUUCUAAUUUGUUACACUUUGUAUUCUGAAAGGAUUCGGAGGAUAUUGUCAAACACUGGGCAUAGCUGGAUAUCAAGCUAUAGCUAGCUACACUGCGUUGACUCCACCAUCGCCUGAGUGCAAUCACCAUCUUCAGUCUCAAGCUCUCCAGCCCUCCUCUGUAGAGACGGACAGCCAGGACUGAGGGGAGAUGAAACCGGAUGGGGUUGCCACAGCAGCGAUGGAGCCAAUGGAAGCACUGGACGCCGAUCCGGUAAACGAGCCAGUUGCGAUGGGAGAGGAGCCUAACCAGGCUGCGCCGGCACCUCAGACGGAGGGAGUUGGCCAGCAGGGAGAGAUGGGGCAGGGAGAGCCUCAUCCAGAGCCAGCCCAGGUGGCCCCCACCAAGAUGGGGAACAGCAAGGCUGCAGCAGACCCGAAAGCCAAGACCAAGGCCCCCGCUGCUAAGACGAAGCCUGGGACCACCGCCACAAUUAAGACCACGACCGGACCAGGGUCUCGACCCAACACCGCCCAGAGUCGACUGACCAACGGGGUUUCCAAGCCACAUGCCAACGGAGUGGCCAAGAAGACGACCACUGGAGCCCCAGAGAAGACCACGCCCAAGAGUCCCGUAGGCACAGCUGUUGCCACUACCACUAAGACCAGCGCCAAGGUUGGUGAGAAGAAGCCAGCGGGCACCACCCGCCCUACGUCGGCUCCUGCUGCCACCAACGGGGUGAAGGCCACCACAGGAACAGCAGCAAAGAAGACACCUGCGGCGCCAACUAAUGGUGUCAAAGCCACCACCACCGCUGCUAAGAAGCCCACAGCUCCCCGGCCUGUCUCUGCAGCUACCACCAAGCCCAGCACUGCCGCUGCUCCCAAGCCUGAUAGGCCUCCUGUUUCCAAGACAACCAGGCCUGCCACUGCUGCUCCAGGAUCUCGCCCUGCCUCUGCUGCAGCCAGGCCAGCCACAGCCAGCACAGCCAAGAGCUCCACAUCCACAGCCAAGCCUGGCACCCCCACGGCUAAAACCACCUCCACCACCCCCAGACCAGCUUCUGCCAAAGCCAGCUCUACAACACCCUCUGCUGGACGGACCCCGACACCACAGCCCUCAAAAACCGCAACUCCCAUCAAGAAAGAUGUUACCAAAUCAGCCACCAAGAAGCCUGCAGCGGCUCCUCUAACUCGCACCUCACCAGCCAAGACCACCAAACCUGAGACUCCCAAAUCAGCCUCCGCAUCCAAGCCAGACUCCACCCCCAAGAAGCCGGCUGCCAGCAGCAAGGCCGCAGACACCAAGAAGACGCCAAGCAGGCCCACGCCUUCAAAGGAUGUCAGUGCUGGCCCCAAGACCCCUAGUACCAAGCCAGCAGGGAAGGCUUCCACCCCUAAGAAGACUGUGGGCAGCAACACUCCCAUGGCAGUGAAGCGUGGCCCCAAGCCCAUGACGGCGGCAGAGCCCGCGACUAAAGCGGGUGAGACCAAGGACGCCGCUGUUGCUGCCGCCAUAGCUGCAGCUGCUGUGGUCUCUGUGGCAACCUCUGAAGAAGCAGUGGUGGCUGCAGUCCCAGAGGAGAAGGAGACUGUGCCCCCUCAGGCCAGCCAGCCAGAGGAGGCCCCAAUCGCUCAGCUGGAACUGGUCCCCCUGGAAGAGCCAGCAGACACAGUGUCUCCCCUGGGGACCACGGUCAUGUCCCCUCCAUGCUCCCCCACUGGGCCCAUGUCCCCGGUCAGGGAGCCCCAGAAUGCCUCUGCUCUGCUGGACAUGUAUGUCCAGCCAGAACCCAGGUCCCAGAACCAGUCUGCCAUGGCUCCACAGAGUCCAGUCCAGGAGGAGGGGAUAUUGCAGCCAGAACCCAGGUCCCAGAACCAGUCUGCCAUGGCUCCACAGAGUCCAGUCCAGGAGGAGGUGAUAUUCCAGCCAGACCCCAGGUCCCAGAACCAGUCUGCCAUGGCUCCACAGAGUCCAGUCCAGGAGGAGGGGAUAUUGCAGCAAGAACCCAGGUCCCAGAACCAGUCUGCCAUGGCUCCACAGAGUCCAGUCCAGGAGGAGGUGAUAUUCCAGCCAGACCCCAGGUCCCAGAACCAGUCUGCCAUGGCUCCACAGAGCCCGGUCCAGGAGGAGGUGAUAUUCCAGCCAGAUGAGCAGCAGGAGGACCUCCUCAUGCCUGCCUCUUCAGCCCCUCCUCCAUUCAGCAUGUCUCAGCCCAUGGAUGAGUUCACCUCAGAGGUCCUGGUCUCUCCCUCUCAGGACCAGGAAGAGGCAGUGGAGAAGGCAGAUGAGGAGAUCAACGAAGAUGACGAUGAGGAGGAAGAGGAGAGGACAGUGGGCAAGCCGACAUUACUGGUUGACAUGAGUAGCUCUCAACCCUCAGAAGAGACCAAGCCUGUAGGCUUCGGCGGUGCCACCGGUUGGCAUGGGGAUGACGUCUUGUCAGGGAUGGACUCUGAGGAUAUGAGCAGCCGCCUGCAGUGGCCAUCAGAGAUGAGCAGCACCCAGCAUACGGGCCUGCUGCAGGAUACCCAGAGCUCCGACGCCCUGGUAGACUCCAGCCUCAAGGGCUCUGAGGGAGAAGGCUCCCCCAAUGUGGAGACCCUGCUCAACGAGGAGGAUGAUGAGGAGUAUAGGAAGGUGGGCAAGCCGACAUCACUGUUUGACAUGGGUAACUCUCAGCCCUCAGAGGAGGCCAAGCCUGCAGGCUUCAGUGGUUCCACCGGUUGGCAUGGGGAUGACCUUUUGUCAGGGAUGGACUCUGAGGAUGUGAGCAGCCGCCUGCAGGGGUCGUCAGAGAUUAGCAGCACCCAGCAUACGGGCCUGCUGCAGGGUACCCAGAGCUCCGACGCCCUGGUAGAUUCCAGCCUCAAGGGCUCCGAGGGAGAAGGGGCCUUCAUGGGCUCCCCCAAUGUGGAGACCCUGUCCGACGAUGAGGAGGAAGAUGAAGAGGAAUAUGAGGAUAGGAAAGUGUGCAAGCCGACAUCACUGUUUGACAUGAGUAGCUCUCAGCUCUCUGUGGAGGACAAGCCUGCAGGCUUUAGUGGUUCCACCGGUUGGCAUGGGGAUGACCUUUUGUCAGGGAUAGACUCUGAGGAUGUGAGCAGCCGCCUGCAGGGGUCGUCAGAGAUUAGCAGCACCCAGCAUACGGGCCUGCUGCAGGGUACCCAGAGCUCUGACGCCCUGGUAGAUUCCAGCCUCAAGGGCUCCGAGGGAGAAGGGGUCGUCAUGGGCUCCCCCAAUGUGGAGACCCUGCUCAACGAGGAGGAGCGAGUUGAUGUUAAUAUGGAUGUGAGCUCAGAGCGGGCAGUGGACCACCGGAUGGUGUGUCAGCAAGAGGAUGAGGAGGAUGAUGAUGAUGUGGAGAUGCCCAGCGAAAGGGUGACUGAGAGUGGACUGGAGAGCUGUGGGAAUGCAGAUGAGGAUGACUACACAGAGGAGAACCGCUUGGAUAACCUCAACCGUUCACCCAUCCCACCUUCCUCAGCCUGGGGUCAGACAAACCCCUUCACUGACCCCUGGGCCCAGCCCCACCUCUCCUCCCCCCACACCGCAUCCAGCCCCCUGUCUGACCACGGGGCUGCCGACCCUGAGACGCCCACCCAGUCCUCUGCCCAGGCCUGGUUGGAUCUCAGCGCCCCCUCUCUGACGCUCCAUUCAGAGCAGCCCUCAGAGCCCCAGUCUGCCCCUGAGGAGAUGGAGAACUCCUCCCCAGCCCCCCCAGGGCCCCCUGCUGUGGGCAUGUCUCAGUCCAGCACCCUGAGUGGCACGGCCCUGGCCAUCCAUAGCAGCAGUGAAACCAGCACUCCCGAGGAGCUCCGUGACUAUGACAGCAGCUCCGGGGUGGAGUCACGCUCUGACAAGCAGCAGACCCCCGUGCCAUCCAAUGUGCAGCCUGACCUGGAGCAGGACUUGGGCAUCCAUCUGGAGCGAGGUGACGAGGAGGAGGAGGAGGCUGAGACGCUCCCUGCUGACGAGGUCCUGGGAGCAGGUCCUCCUACUGCCCCCGCCUCUGCCCCCUCCUCCCCCUCCACCUCGGGAGACGAGGCCAGCGACACAGAGGGUGAGAUGCAGAUCAAUGACCCAGAUGUCCCCAUCACCAUGGAUGACAGUGCUGAGUUCGACAGCCCACCGUCCGCCCGUAUCCUGCCUGCCCUGGAAGAGGAUGAGGAGGUGGUGGAGGCGCCGGCCGGAGAAGGAGAGGAGGACGGGGGUGGCGGAACACCCCAGUCUGCCAACUCAGUGGCGUCUUACGGCUUCGACUGCACCAUGUCCAACUCCAACGCCCACUCCACUGCAGAGAGCUGCGGUAAGAGCCCCGGCAUCUUCUCCCUGGAGAACGAGGACCAGUUGCCCGAGGAGGCCAAGGACCCCUCCCUCAUCAAGGAGCUGACCCUGCCAGCAGCGGCCGCCCAGUCAGAGGAGCUGCUGGGAGGCCCUGUAGACCUGCUGCCCCUGGGCCAGCCUGGGGACCAGCACCACUACAUGCUGGGGGGGAAGAUGGAUGCUGACGACCUGGAGGAGGCCAACACCCUGGAGGAAGCCCUCCGCCUGGGGCCCCAGCAUGCCGGGCAGGCCAGCGAGGGCCAGCCACCCUACUACUCUGCUAUAUGCGAUAAGACUGAUAGCUUUCUGGCAGGUAACGUAUAAGUCCCUACCCCUGGAAUGCACCUUCUCCCUCGCACCCCUCCCCCCUUGUUGUUCUUAGUUUUUCUCUCGAGGUCGGUUAGAUGGUUUAGAAAAACAAGCAAAUGAUGGUAGGAAACAAAAUAAAGCAAGGGGAACGAAAAAGACUGUAGAUCAGUGAAGCCUCCCUCUUUCAUACUACUAUUAUGGUUAUGACUGUAUGGCACUACUUUAUGUACACUAGCUACCAUUUUCUAUUAGAAUGUUCUUUUUAAGUAACACUGCGUACUCCAUAACCCCUGAGGGGGCAUUGACUGACUGGUCCGUUGGGACAAAGCUCUUAAAAGAGAAGGAGUAAAAUGAGAAUGGACUCUACCUACAUGUGUAUUUAUCCUACUGUUUUUACCAAACAAAUGUCCAUUUUUUUUCUACUUUUGUUGGAACCCGGUCCUGCCUCCCCUCCCCUAUGUUACACGUGCCAUUUUAUCCUGCACCAUAGAGAUAGUCCUACUCUCUCUUUUUACACGUUUGUCUUCUUGUUUUCAACACUAUUUUAGUAUUGAGUAAAGACUAGAUAUUUAACAUGGCUUUCCUCCCCUUACACUUUUGUUGAGGUCGGUAUGAGAGUGUUCAAUUUGAAGUUUGUCUAGUUUUAAUUUGCGCUACAGGAAGUUUGCCUCUCCCUGCAUAGAUUAUUAUGGCAGGUAAAGUUAAGGUAAAGUACGGUGUGUUUUUUGAGGCAUCUGUUUUAAGUGGUCAUGCUUCAUGCCUCUCUUAGUUGAUCAUUUGUGCUUCAGAACCAACUAACAACUAUUUGUGGGGAAAAACAUGCAUUCCUCUGCAUUUUAGAAUGACUCUCACUGAAAAUGCUUUUCUCACUGAAACACUUUUAGUGGUGUUGGAUAUUUCAACUUGCAUGUACUAACAUUGAAAUUGUAUCUGAUUAAACCAUUAUACAGUAGGGAUGUUCAUAAAUGAAUGGUUCACACUAAGUAGGUUUUUCAAAAUUCCAUUAAACAUCAUUGUAAGGCA